AUGAAAACCUUGCAUCUCACACUCCCAGGCCUCCAGAUUGCCGCGGCUGCCUUCUUUGCCGCCACUGCCAAGGCAAUGCCCCUAUCUACCGACGACGCCGGCGUCGUCGGUGCUAUCGAAAAGCGCGAUGUCACUCAACUUUCCGGCAAGUCCCUCCUUGCUGAGGAACCAAGCAACGAUACGGAGCAGAGCGACAAAAUACCUACGGUCGAGGUCGAGUCUUCUGAUCUUGUCGUUCGCCAGGCUAUAGGGAAUUCGCCUUCCGGCCUUAUUAGUGGUGGUUUUGGUGGUCCUGUCCAUGCGCGAUGUGACUCAGACGAUGAUAGUUGCGGCGGCUGA